UGAACCGUUAUCGAGCUUACGGCCGUGAAGAUACCAGCGACAAUGGAGAUGGACGCACGGCAAUUUCCGCCCCUCGAUGGUCUGGGAAAUGGAAGCAUAUCCCCAGAAGAUGCAUACGAAGCGCUGCAGAGAAGCACUACGUACGCCAACCCAGAGCUCCCGACGUACCUUGCCUCGCUGCUGCUCAAUCUGCCGGACGAUGGCGUCGACGGGACGCUGCGGCUUCUCGAGUGUAUCUUGGCUGGGGGCACCGCAAGCUUCGAGACGUUCCUCGCGACGCGUGCCAACUUAUAUGGACAAGCCAGUCGCUCCAAGUGCGAAGAGGUCUGGAACGGUGACCACAUCGCCUACCGCUGCCGAACGUGCGGCUUGUCCGACUCGAGCUGCAUGUGUGUGCAGUGCUUCGACCCAGCUCAGCACGAAAACCACGACUACCGCAUCUACCGGUGUAGCUACGGUGGCUGCUGCGACUGCGGCGACGAGCUUGCGUGGAAGCCAUCAGGCUUUUGCAAGACGCACUGCUCCGCGCCGUCGGUUCCAAUACCAGACAUUGCAAGCGAAGAAUGCGCGCGAUUAGAUGUGGUCCUGGACUCGAUUUUGGAGCUACUCCUAUCGCUCUUGCGCAUGGUCUACAGCGAGGUGACGGUACCGGGUACGUCCGCGGCCUCGACGCACACGCUACAGACUACUCAGUACUGCUUCUCGGCCGCCGGCCGCACGUACGACAGCUUUACGCCCCGGACGCAGCUUCUCCUCCGUCGACUAGCACAGUGUCUAUCGUGGCUACAACCCAUCGUGACGAGUUGCGUUCAGUACCGAGCGCGCAUGUGCCGCGCGCUGCAGAUGCCAACGCACUGGGGACCAUCCUCGACAACGAUGCUCGACGCGUGCCUGACGUUCGGCAUUCUGUUCCCGCUCGAGUCGGCGGAUGCGCUCGGCGUGCUCUUUCUCAAGCUGCUCUUCGACAAGGACUUUAAGGUGCGCUUCACGGCAGCUUUCUUGGCCGCGUACCCGUUCUACAUACGCCUCUACAAUGUCCACUUGGAGAACGAGGCGGCGCACACGCACGUGAGUCGCUUCAUCGACCGCUUAUUCUGCCAGCUCUUUCACAGCGCGGCGCAGCUCCACCAAAUGGACCUCAGCGGCGCGACGCCCGUGCCUCCCAUCCAUGGCCACAAUUUUGCCGUCAACGCCCGUCGCACCGCGACAGAGCAGCUCGUGCACUACCUGCUCGCGCACUUGCUCGCGCUACUCAAGCAGACGCUGCGUGGAACGACGAUCGACUGCAACCAUGACUUUCUCAAAUUGCGGACCUAUUCACGCUUCUGCUCGGAGCUGCGCACGCUUCUUGUGCACCCGCCCAUUGCCGGUCAAGUCGUCGCCUCGUCCUUUACCUGCGAUUUACAGCUUGAAGCCGACUCCAUCAUGGCGACGCUUCUCGACAUCUUGUCCACGAUGCAGUGCAUGGACCUCCAGACAAAGCAGCGAGACCGCCACAUCGAGUUCGAGUCGAGCUCGUGGACAGCGUCCUUCGUACUGGACUAUGAGGUCAUGCUCGUGUGGCAAUACAUUUUGCUCGGAUAUCGUCGAUGCAUGACUGUGCCGCCCUCUGACGACGCGUUUGGGGCUCCCUUUCGGGAUCCACCGUUGAACCCGUCAAAGUCGCCCUUCGAGCUCCCGAUGUUGGCGCAAGGACUUUUGGCGCCCAUUGAAGCAAAGCUCGCGGCGUGGUGCUGUGAGAGCAUGGGCCAAGCAACAUGGCCGCGCCUUGAUAGCGCCACGUGCAGUUUGCACUUGCCGCUGCACCACUUUUAUGCAAGCGCGCUCAGUGACAUGAUGGCGGCGCUCGCAGGAGAUCCCAAGGCGCUGCUGGCUCUGCUGCGUCGGCCUGGCGGGGCCUUUUGGCACACGGUUGUGUAUCACUCAGUGCAAGUGCAGCAUUUCGUGCGGUCAAUCAAGUGCCAUCUCUGGGUUCUCAACGGGCAGUCCAUGUGGCAGCAGGUGUAUCAUUACCACUCACGCCAUUGGCGCCACCACGGACUGCACAAGGACCUUUUUCUUCUCCAACUUGGCGCUGCUCUGGACCCGGCAUUUGUGGCGGACCUCGUCUCACACUGGCUUCCCGACGACAAGGACGCGUCGCCGCUGAUGCUCGACGAGCUCCUAAAGCUCGUGCUCCAGCUCGUAUUGGACCCAACGCACAUUGGGGCGCUCUCGUCGUGGCAGCUUCUGAUUCGAGAGGUCAAGCACUGGCUUGGCACGGGACCGUUGACACGCACCGAGUUUGUCUCCAAGUGCAACCUAAAGCUUCUCGAUGCGAUAAAAGAGCACACGAAAGAAGAAGACGACGACAUUCUCAACCGCGCACUGGAACAAGUCGGCGUGAGCUCGUCCGUCAUGGCUGCGACGUCGGGUGGCUCCGAGCCGUCGCCACAAGCAGUUCUGCAGGGUCUGGACAACCAUCCGUCGUCAAGCACGUCGACGUUUACGCUGCAGCCAGCGCUCUGGGCUGACAUUUGCCCCUACUUUGAGGCAUUUACACUCAUGGACGCGCAAAAGUGCGAGCAAAACCGACCAACGACGCAAGUGGUGUUGCCGCCACUGGAUCACGUGCUCCCUUGCCUUGACGCGCGCGACAGCGUGCAGUUUGCCGUCAUUUCGGCGCUGCUAUCAAGUCACCUGCUGUUGGCACUUGUGUAUCGCGUCCUUCACACCGAGACUCAGCUUUCUGAGGACGCCAGCGUUGUACAAACCGCAUUGCACCUUUUGUACACGGCGGUGUCGAUUGUGCCGCGAGAUUACGUACCAGAGACAGCCCUCGCAAUGACCCAUGACGCGCUGGAUGCAAUUGUGCGGGCCUGGAGCGGGAAGACGUGGUGGGACGCGUUGACAACACGGGUUGAAAUACUUGCGCCGGCAGCGUCGCUGGUGGAGCUUCUCCAACGAAUGCCGUCAUCGCCGCUCGUGACGGCCGUGCUCAGCCGCUGCGAUCCGUCUGCACCACCAACCGCGCCUGCACCGCCAACUCCCAAAUCUGGAAAGCCCGACCACAUUAAGGAGCGCCAGGCCAAGAUACUUCAGAAGCUUCGUGCGCAACAGAACGCAUUUCUCCGCCUUUCAAAAGAUCGGGCGCCCGCGGAUGAAGUCCUCCCCGUCUUUGCGCAGGCGUCGCUUGGGUCGGUAGAAAGUCCGCGACCAACAACGACGGCCUACGACUGCGCAUUGUGUCACGACGAAGCGGUCGCCAACAAUGCUUUUGGCUCGGUUGGCUUUCUCACGCCGUCCCGCGUCGCAUGCCUCGCGUCGCCACCGCUCCUCGCACCAUAUCCGCAUUGUCACGCUCGCGUCUGCGGCCACGUAGUCCAUCUGGGAUGCAUGCAAACGUACCUCACAACGCUCGAUGACCGCCAACGCAUCACGGCACCUGGAGAAUUUGUCUGCCCCAUUUGUCGCCGCCUCAGCAAUACCCUAGUGCCGCUGGCUGCUUCCUCAGCGUCACCGCCGUCGGUUGUCGAGUGGGCCUCGGGUCGGUUUGUACCAGCAUCAGUGCUGCUGCCGCUGUCCGUUCGCACGUUUCUUCACCAAGUGCAUUCGACUAUUGGCAACCCGUUGGCGCCGACGCUUGCGACCCUCGUCGACAUGGCUGACCACCUCCUCUUCCUGGCCGAGCUCAGCGAGCGUAACGCCGGUAUCGCGACCACCUUUCAGUGCCUCGCCAAUCUCGUGCAUGUGCCUACGCUGCAGAUUCCGAGCCCACCGUGGACGUGGCAUCAGUUUCUCUCGUGGUGCCUUGUUGCGCCUCGCUCUGCGCCAGACCUCCUCGCCCACUACGUGCCGUUUGCACUUUCGCAGUCGCCGACGCUGCCUGGCCUCGCCCGCAAGCUCCGACAUGUGCAGACGUGGCUCGGCAAGUCGAACGCCAUCGCUGAGACCGGUGCGCUCGACCAGUGGCUGACGGCGCUGCAACCCGAGGCGUCAUUGCCGACCGCGACGUUCUCGCUCGUGAAGCUGCCAAAGCACUACGUCGAGAUCUACCUUGCGUACUGCCAAAAGAAUGCACAGUGCGCCAAGUGCAACGCCGUGCCUCAGCAUCCAGCGAUCUGCCUCCUCUGCGGCAAACUUGUUUGUUGCUUUGGCGCGUGCUGCCAGGACGAUCAAGGACGUGGUGAGUGCACUCAGCACAGCCUUACGUGUGGCGUUGGCUUUGGCUGCUUCCUCCUCCUCCGCGCCUGCACGGUGCUUUUGCUGCUUGGACAAGGACGGUGCAGUAUUUGGGGCAGCGUCUACUUGGACAAAAAUGGGGAGGAAGACCCGUACCUCCGUCGCGGCAAGACGCUGUACCUGAGCGACGAGCGCUACACGCAGCUGUGGGAGCUCGUCGUGCGCCACGGCUUUACCGAGAGCAGCUCAAUCUUAGCCAACACGUCGCGUCAAGAUGGGUUGCGGUAUUAACAUAUUAGCAAGUCCUUCCUUCUGCACUA